AUGUCUCUUCGAUCCUUUGCUCGCUCCGUCCCCCGGACGUGUGCUCGCCUGUCUGCUCCGGCCGUUCGCCGUCCCAUCUCCGCUCUCCGAACUUCUUCGCCGCUCAAGGCUGCAUCAACGCAGAUUGUUCGUCCCACCUUCGCCGCUGCUUUCUCGACCUCCAGAACACGAUGGGACAAGGAGGGUCAAGUCGACCAGGAGCUGGUCGCAAAGUUCGAAUCCGAGCUCGACCUCGAAAAUGAGAUGAGAGACCCCGAGGAGAUUCCUUUUGACAUUCAGAACUUCCUGAAAGAGUCUCCUUUUGAGGUCACCGACACUCCCGGCCAAGAGGAGGUUAUUCUGACCCGCAAAUUCGGCGACGAGACCAUCCGCGUGACCUUCUCCAUUGCCGACCUCAACGCCAUGGAGAACGACGCCGACAACUUUGAGCCGGCGCAAUACGACGAGGACCUGGACCUGGACGCCCAGUCUGGCGGCGCCCAGAGCAAGGGCACCGUCAACCAGGGCCGCACGCAGGGCGGCAACGUCAACGUUGCUCCCGAGGACAGCGUGUCGCCCGCUGACCGGCCCGAGCUGGACGAGGAGGGCGCCGGCGAUGUUGCGUUCCCCGCACGCGUCAACAUCUCCAUUGAGAAGGGAGGCAAGGGCGCUCUGCAGGUCGAGACGGUGAUGCAGGACGGCGUCAUUGCCAUUGAGAACGUGUACUACUUCAACGAGGCCGAGCUGGCCGACCCCAAGACCGCCGAGAAGGACUGGGCUCGUCGCGGCCUGUACAGCGGCCCGCCCUUUGGCAACCUCGACGAGGACCUCCAGGUCUUGCUCGAGCGCUACCUCGGCGAGCGCGGCAUCGACACCAACCUUGCCGUCUUUGUCCCCGACUACAUUGACUACAAGGAGCAGAAGGAGUACAUCAACUGGCUGUCUAAUGUCAAGAAGUUCGUCGAGGCUUAA